AUGGCUUCAGUGAGAGACAGAUCCAUAAAUCUGACGUCACGUCCUCCCGCCCGUGUCUUUUACCACGGGCAUCCCCGUUUGUCUUUCUUUUCGCACGUCAUGGCGGACCGCUUCAAUAAGGUUCUGCUACUAGAUGGCAGGGGCCAUCUGCUUGGUCGCCUGGCUGCCAUCGUUGCCAAGCAGACCUUGCUGGGACACAAAGUCGUGGUGGUGAGGUGUGAAGGCAUCAACAUCUCUGGCAAUUUCUACCGGAACAAACUGAAGUACCUGGCCUUCCUGCGCAAGAGGAUGAACACCAAUCCCUCUCGUGGACCAUACCACUUCAGAGCUCCCAGCAGGAUCUUCUGGAGAACGGUUAGAGGCAUGCUGCCGCACAAGACCAAGAGAGGCCAGGCCGCUCUGGAGAGGCUGAAGGUGUUUGACGGGAUCCCCCCGCCCUACGACAAGAGGAAGCGCAUGGUGGUCCCAGCUGCUCUUAAGAUUGUGCGCCUGAAGCCCACUCGUAAGUUUGCCCUCCUGGGACGUUUGGCUCAUGAGGUGGGCUGGAAGUAUCAGGCCAUUACAGCCACGCUGGAGGAGAAGAGGAAACAGAAGGCCAAGCUGCGCUACAAUAAGAAAAAGGUCACCAUCAAGCUGACCAAAUUGGCAACAAAGAACGUCGAGAGCAAAAUUGCAAAGUACACAGAUGUUCUCAAACAAUACGGAGUUCUUGUCUGA